UGAUGUUGGGGAAGGUUCAGACUGCAUCAUUUUCUGCUCACUGUGUGUUUUUGAUGCUUCAUUAUGAAGAAAUUGUGACUCAACGGUUAAACGGCGACUUCCUGUCAGAUGUUCCAUUAUUGGGACCCCAGAGGUGUGACAGCUGCUAGCGGAUCUCUGAGGAUGUGGGUCGGACCGGAACAGAACCUCCUCUCUCUCUCUAAUUGACUUUCAGCUGAAUGUUUGGAGAGUCUUCUCCCCUCAGGGGACCAUUAUCUGCUGCUUCUCAUGCAUUUCAUUACAUGCUGAAGUUCCCUCCUCCUCCUCCUCCUCCUCUUCUUCCCCUCUGACCUCAGGCUGCCAAGAAGAGGAAGCUGUGGUUGAAUCGGUGCAGUCACGCUUGGUGUUGCUGCUCCUCGCUGUAGAACCGACUCAGAAACAAACGAUCCUUCUCUCUCCAGCAUGGCCUCCUCAGUCCUCCUCCUCCUCCUCCUCCUCCUGGACUCCACGCGCUCGCUGCUUCCUCCUCGGAUCUCCUUCCUUCUCAACUCGACAGACAGACCUUUAAAUCACUUCAGCCUCCCAGACGUUAGCAACACCACCACACUGUUGCUUAGCAACGACGCCUCCACCCUUUAUGUGGGAGCCCGGAAUGCCAUCCUCUCAUUGGAUGUGAGCCAGAGUGAUGUCAUCCAGCUGAAUAAGCAGGUGACCUGGAGUCCGUCUGAGGCUGAGAUGGAGAGCUGCGCAGGCAAAGGGAAGAACCGGCAGUUCAUAAAAAAAACAACCAGUUCUUUCUUCCAUAUUGUAACUCACUGGUUUGACUGGGUCAAGCUUCCCUUUUUUCUAAGCUCAGCACCAUCUGUUGGGUUUUCUCUCUCUGCAGAUGAGGAGCUCUUUACAGCCUCCACCACAGACUUUAAGGGACGUACGCCACAGAUUUCUCGAUUCCUCAGCAAAGAUGGCCGCCCAGACGUCAACCUGGACUCGUCUGUCAGCCGACUUGAAGAGCCAACAUUCGUAAGCUCCUCGUUGGAUCCUGCAGAGAAAAAACUCCACAUCUUCUUCAAUGAAGUUGGGAAAGAGUUCAACUUUGUCCGCCAGCUUCAGAUUCCCAGAGUGGCUCAAGUCUGCAAGGAUGAUGUUGGAGGGCAGAGGACUUUGCAGAAGAAGUGGACAUCUUUUGCCAAAUCCUCUCUGCUCUGCCAGCUUCCAAAACAACUUCCAUUUAACAUCCUGGAGGAUAUAUUCACCCUGCAGCCACCAGAGGGCGCCGACACAUCAGAGACACUGUUUUAUGGUGUUUUCUCCUCUCAGUGGUCCAUUCGGCCAGAGUCUGCUGUGUGCAUAUUUAAACUGACGGACAUCCGGAAGGCUUUCAGUGGAAGCUUCAAGACUCUGGAGAAAGAAACAUAUCAGCUGAAACUCUCUCAGAGACGUGAUUACCUGGGAAAGUGUGGCCUGUCAAACGCUUCGGAUGCUGAACUCUCAGAGGUGAAAAAGAGUUUCCUGACCAACGAGGAUGUACACCCAGCUGAGAAGGUUCUGGUUUUCCCUGAGCAGAAAUACAGUCGAAUGGUGGUAAUGACGACACAGGCAGCCAACGGAAAACAGUUCAAUAUCCUGUUCCUUCUGACAGAGUCUGGAUUCCUCCACAAAGUAGUUUCCUUGGACCAGGGUCCCCGAGUGAUUGAGGAGAUUCAAGUCUUCAAGGAACCUCAACAGGUCAAAAGCAUGAUAAUCUCCUCCUCCAAGCGGGUUCUGUAUGUGGGAACGUCUGAAGGAGUGACGGCUGUACCGGUGGCCCGGUGUUCGGUCUACAGAAGCUGCAGCCAGUGCCUCCUGGCCAGAGAUCCUCUGUGUGGCUGGAGUCAGACCAGGAGAACCUGCACAGCUCUGGAUGGCAGCAGUACAGACAUAAUUCAGAAGGUGGAGGGCGACAUAGUUGGAACCGAAUGUCAGCCAUCCGAUGAGCACGUGAUGAAACAAGAAGUCGUUGUUCGGCUGAAUGAGCUGGUGAAGCUGGACUGUCCCAAACCGUCUAACCUGGCCACACUGAGUUGGAGCUUCUCUGGAACCAGAGCUCUGCCAUCGGAAUUCCCUCAAAUGAGAGCUGACGGCAGCCUCAUGUUCUUCGCCUCCCCCAUGAGAUUUGGGGGGUACCGCUGCCAGGCAAAGGAGGACGGGCUCAGAGAGCUGGUCGUGAUCUACACGGUCCGAGAGGCAUACAGUCCACGCCAUCUGCCCAAGCCAGUCACAGAGACGUUGGCAUCACAGAGCCCAGGGGAUGAGAACAUCGGAACCGAAGAACCAACCGUUUCAGACGGACACAACAAUGAAACAACUACAAAAGAUGGAGAAGUUUCUGAACCAAAGAACAUCCUUGAAGCAGAUAUAGAGGAGCGAGUGACUGUAGCUAAAGGCGAAACCUUCUCAAGAAAAACCCACUCCACUCAUGAUGGUUCUGGAUCUGAGGAGCCUGCCCCGACCUCCAGGACGGACAGCCGGUCCAUGCUGAACCCCAGCCAGAGCACUCCAAACCAGAGGAGCUACUACAGCGAGCUGGUGGCGGUAACCUUCCUGCUGGUCGUCUGCCUCUUGGUCCUGGCUCUGGGCUUUCUCUGGAUCUGGAAACAAAAGAAGGCUGUAUCUAGAGGCAACGGGAUGUUCAGCCCGGAGGACAAAGGCAGAACCAACAUGUGCAUGCAGGUGAGCGAGCUGACCACCCUGGAGGGCGGUCCGGAUCAGACCUUCACCCAGUGACCAUGUUGGAGUCAGAGAUGCCCACAGUCCCAUGAAGCUCAGCCAACCUGGACCUCCUGCGGGGUCCCGUCCCGCUUUCUGUGGUUUAUGUAGAAUCUGACCCGUUUCCAAGCCUGCAUCCAAUGACUCGACAUCGCCUUAAAACAACAACAUCAGUUAUUUCAGUUUCAUUCUGAAGAUUCAUCAACCUUCAGAUUUAAUCAAAUUAUUUUAACUGAAAUCAAUUUGAAGACUUUAAUUGAAAUAGAGGAAGGAAUGGACGCUUCUGACUCUGCAACCUUGGAGGAACCUUUUUUAUUUCCCUGCUUCAUCCUCAUGAAGCCAAAGUUAGGAUGGGAAACAGAACUUUUUUCCCAGUCCUUCUUCUCUUCAUCUGCAGGAUUUCCUACAAAUUUCCCUUAAUGUUGGCGGCUGACCCUUUUUCAGUCAUUUAUUGUUUUUACCUGAAGCUCAUCUAACACUCAUUGUUUCCCACCUUUGGUUGAAUGUUUGGGGGAGGGGGGUCUAGUUAGAGAGCUGGGUGAUUGUGUGCUGGAGAGGCCGCUGGUUCCAAACCCAGACUGCAACUCUGGGUCCCUGAGCAGGACCCUUAACCCCAGGCGACUUAACGCAGAGGAAACAUUCCCCUGCGGAUCAAUCUCUUUGCUAUUUGCUCUGUACGAAGCUAAAGCAGAA